UAAAACUCAUCGUAGAAAAAGAAGCACGUGACGUCGUCCCAGCGGCGCCAAAUCUGCAGCAAACAGAAACGAACAUAACGUAAAGUUGAAAACGGUCUCGUCACAUCUAAAACAGCAGGCAGUCAUGGACCUGAACCCCUUUGAAGCCGACAACUCUGUGAGCUGCCAGUUAACCUCUGAGAUCCCUGAAGUGUGCAGGACGGAGGACUGCUGUCUGGGCAUUGACGAGGCAGGCAGGGGACCUGUGCUGGGGCCUAUGGUGUAUGGGAUAUGUUUCUGUCCAGUUUCCAGAAAGGAGGACCUGAAGGACUUGAAAGUGGCAGAUUCGAAGACCUUAACGGAGGCAGAAAGAGAGAAUCUUUUCCAAAAAUUGGAUGAAGCCAAAAGUUAUGUAGGCUGGGCUCUGCAGAUUCUUUCACCCAACACCAUCUCUACCAGCAUGUUACAGAGGACAAAAUACAACCUGAAUGCCCUUUCACAUGAUACCGCAAUUGGUCUAGUACAGUAUGCUUUGGACAGUGGAGUACAGCUGAAAGAGGUUUAUGUGGACACAGUCGGCCCAGCGGAAAAGUAUGAGGAGAAACUCUCUAAGCGGUUCCCAGGUAUUGAGGUGACUGUGAGGCCCAAAGCUGACUCUCUCUUCCCUGUUGUCAGUGCAGCCAGUAUCUGUGCAAAGGUUGCUAGGGAUCGAGUUGUAAAAGGCUGGAACUUUGCAGAGGACCUGGGAGAGGUGGACUCAGAUUAUGGCUCAGGAUACCCAAAUGACCCAAAGACUAAAGCAUGGCUGCUGAAGUAUCUUGACCCAGUAUUUGGUUACCCUCAGUUUGUUCGGUUCAGCUGGAGCACUGCCCAAACCCUGAUGGACAGCAAGGCGGUGACUGUCCACUGGGAUGAUGACGAAGAGGACGGAGAGAAGGCAGCACAGCGGCAGAACAACAGGUCCAUGUUGUCCUACUUUGGUGCGUCAGCUGGAGGUAAUGAGCAAAACUUGACCCACCAGACACACCGCUUCUUCACUGACCGGAGGCUGAAGAGUCUCGACACUCUUUAAAGACACUUUUAAGGUCUUCCUCAUACAUACUGGAGAUCAUAAGCUCACUGCAGGGUUUUCGUGUACAGCCGUGUAUACGCACUCAGAUGGACUUUGCUCAAAUAUUGUAGAGAAGAUUUUGUAUCACCAACUUGAAUUGCAAUUUGUCUUUAUCUGUCUUGUUUGUACCUGUUUUUAUACAUAAAUAUGAAGUUUGAAAUUCUU